AUGAACUGCAGAAGAUUACCUAUUCUAAUCCUCGUUUUGUGUUUACUCAUAGCAGAUGCUCAAGCUUAUUACCGGGGACGUCGUUGGGGCCGCAGAGGAGGAGGGCGUUUCGGACGAAUAGGUCGUAUCGGACGUUUUGGAAGAUUCGGUGGACAUGGUGGACAUGGUGGAUAUGGCCAUUCCUACGGUUAUCCUAGCUACGGUUAUGGUUAUCCUAGCUACAGUUACGGUUAUCCUAGCUAUGGUUAUUCAGGCUAUGGGAAUGGAUACAACUUAUUUGGAAAUGUUCUGGGAAUUUUUGGCUAG